AUGGAUGGACAAGGAGGAGGAUGGCUUCCGCUCGACCUGUCCCUGGCCACCGCGGGGGACCUGUCCCUGGCCACCGCGGGGCCGUCGGCGUCGGCUGGCGAGCAGCGGCCGAGGGCGCGGCCGAACCGGCGCACCGUGUCCUCCCUCUACGCUGAGCUGGGCGCGAUGCUCCCCAACCUCCCCACCGACCGGCCGGCGAGCAAGGAGGAGAUCGUGGAGGCGGCGGCGGCGCGGGUGAAGAUGCUGGAGGACACGGCGGCCGUGCUGGAGACGUAUCGCGCGGUGCGCGGCCCCGUCGGCGCCGGCGCCGCCUCUGGUGCCGGGCGGCAGCCCGAGGUGUCCGUGGCCGUCGGCGCGGUGUGCUUCUGCGCGCGGCUGCCGGCGCGGAGCCCCGGCGCGCUGGCGCGGGCGCUGGAGGCGUUCCACCGCCGUGGGGUCGAGGUCCUGGUGGCCACGGUGGGGCGCCACGGCCACGGCGCCGGCGCCGCCGUGCUCACGGUCACCGCCGCCGCCGCGCCGCCCGAGGUCCUGGAGAUGAUCAGGGCCGACAUCGCCGCCAUCUACUGA